CACACGAUCCCGGCCUUUGACCAAUGUUCUCUUUUCACCAGUGGGACAGGAUGAGAAAGAAACGCUCCUGAUCCGGUGCCAUGAAGCACAUUACGCCGUGGGACGCUAAAUGACCCGAGGAGUACAUCAUUCUGACAUUCAUUUUCCAAAAUUAAUAUCACAUAUUGAUUGUGGCUUUUCAUAAAUCACCACAUUGAGCCUUCCCCUGACUGGCAUGGUUCCCUUCGGAGACUUGAGAACAGCAACGUCAUCAAACUGUGAGCAGACAAUUAGCCCAGAUAGGAGCCUGUCGUUCAUCAGUGCCCAUUUUCUGUCUCUUCUCCAGCUACAGUAUAUUCUCUAGGCAUGGAUAUAAUUCUAUUUAGCUAAACUAAAAGUCAUUCUGAAAAGUGACUGCACCUUUCCGGAUGCUUCCUGUUCAACAGGGGUUAUUUACUGUAGUUCAAAUGAGCCAUCUCUCUGUAAGUGUGCACACGUGUUAGGGUUGAUUUAUUGUGCCGGACGCCUGCAUCCUUGAUUGAUUCAGUCCAGUCUGUAAUGCAGAGAGAGGUUCAUUGACAUUAUCAGGUUCCACAUAUUUAGCCAAGUGGAUUAGCCUUCGAAUGGCCCACGUAGACAAUCAAUGAGCCACAGGAAGAGUUACAAGCUGCAGGAUGCUUCAUCUCUAUUAUUAUUACAAGCAUGUUCUGUUUGUCUGAUUUUUCGCCAUUUUACUACAUAUUGAUCCAACAAAUGUGUUAAGAAUACGAUGCUCAUAUUUCCACUUGAGAAAUGUGUGUGUUAUAUGGCACCACAUCAUUAUUCCUAACAGUGACCUUUACCCCUAAACCUCCGACAGAUGGCGACACACGCACAGGGAGGCAGCUUUACCUCAGUGCAGCGCUGCUCAGGUUGGCAAGUAUCACAUCAGCAUAUUGUGCAGAGACUUUAUUUUAUAUCACAACCCCCUGGUGUGUGUCAGCAUCUCAUACCUCACAGCUUUAAGUCCCCUCGCUGUUGACAGCUACUGUUGCAUAACUAUACUUUCUCCUCUCUCUGACUAUUAUAGCAAACAGGGAGGAGCCCCACACAGGGCUGAGACAUCCUGAGCACAGCGUGAGGCUGAAACACGUCCAUUCAUUUUGUCACUCAAGUGGCACUCACUUUAGAAUUUGCAUUGUAAGCUCCUCUACGGGUUUAGCUCUUUGCUAUAUUAAUCAUGUCAUAAAAAUGCACAGGGGUCCUGCUCUUUGCCCUCUGCCUGUCAGCGCACUUACACUGAAAUGUAAAACCAGCUUGUGCAGACUCGAUGACUUCCAAACGUUUUAAAUGCGACCACACAUGGCCUCUGGGGUUAUGUAGCACUGCCUGUGUCUAUAUGAACUGCAUAAGUGAUUAUGUUCUUUUAUAUACUUUAGGCAGAACGUGAGCUGGGAAGUAAACAUAAUUAAAAAAAUAGCAUAUAACCCAAUCAAAGAUUUGUAGUUAGUUUGCAACCUUCCAAAAUAAUCCCUUUUUGUGACUUAAUUGAACUUUUGCGCUAAUUGUUAAAUUUAGGUGUUGUCAUUGCAGCAUUGGAGUGAGUUCCCUGUGAUUUAUGUUUUGCUAAUUCAUGAUAAGAUGACUGCACUCCAGAGCGAGGGGGGGAAGCUGGCACUCUCCUCCUGCUGAAUGCGCCAGACAGCAGUGGGGCUCCAGUUGGCUGAGUGCGCUCAGACGCACAGACGCAAGCAUCCAUCCCACUGGCUGGAGUUGGAGGACGCUCGCCCGCUUCGCCUCCACCGCUGCGCUGAUCCCUUGGUUUCUGUCUCCCGGCGGCGACAACACGGGGAGGAGAGAAAUAAAGAAGCUCGUUUCCAUCUUUGAACAUCUAGACUUUACUGAGAGUGAGAGAACACUGCCGAAUCGGGACCGGACACUUUUCUGGAAGCGGAUUAUCUCUCGCAGGAGGCGAAGCUGGAUGUGUUGUGCACAGCGGAGCGCACGCUGCUACGUCUUUCAAUGGAUUUCCAAACGGUGGAAGUACCCUGGGAAUUAAACUACUGUUAAGUUGCUUUUAGGUCGCACAUUUUGUUCUUUGCAAGGGUUUGUGUUUCACAUGGAGACGAAGACGAUGAUCCUCGCAGGGUUGUACGUCCUCCUGCCUCUUUUGGAUGUGUUGUCUUACGCCGAGGAGAACGUGCGCAGGCUGGACUGUGUGAGAGCCAGCGAGCAGUGUCUGAAGGAGCCGGGCUGCAGCUCCAAGUACCGCACGAUGAGGCAGUGCGUGGCCGGCGGGAGAGAGAGCAACUUCAGCAUGGUGGCCGGCCUGGAGGCCAAGGACGAGUGCCGGAGCGUCAUAGACGCGCUCAAGCAGAGCCCCCUGUACAAUUGCCGGUGUAAAAGGGGCAUGAAGAAGGAGAAGAACUGUCUGCGCAUUUACUGGGGGAUCUAUCAGACAUUACAAGGCAAUGACUUCUUGGAGGAUUCUCCAUACGAACCUGUGAACAGUCGUCUCUCGGACAUUUUUCGCCUGGCUCCCAUCCUAGGUGAGCCUGCGGUGGCGAGAGAGAACAACUGUCUGAACGCCGCCAAGGCCUGCAACCUGAAUGACACGUGCAAGAAGUACCGCUCGUCCUACAUCAGCCCCUGCACCAGCCGCGUCUCCACCGCCGAGGUCUGCAACAAGAGGAAGUGUCACAAGGCCCUGCGGCAGUUCUUUGACAAGGUUCCACCGAAGCACAGCUACGGCAUGCUGUACUGCUCCUGUCCGCUCAGAGACCAGACGGCGUGCUCCGAGCGCCGGCGUCAGACCAUCGUCCCCGUCUGCUCGUACGAGGAGAAGCAGAAACCAAACUGUCUGGAGCUGCAGGUCACGUGCAAGACCAACUACAUCUGCAGGUCACGACUGGCUGACUUCUUUGUCAACUGCCAGCCGGAGCCUCGCUCGCUGUCAGGCUGUCUGAAGGAGAACUACGCGGACUGCCUCCUCUCGUACUCGGGUCUGAUUGGAACCGUGAUGACUCCCAACUACCUGCGUUCCCCCAAGAUCAGCGUGUCUCCGUACUGCGACUGCAGCAGCAGCGGCAACAACAAGGACGAGUGCGACAAGUUCACCGAGUUCUUCACCGAGAACACCUGCCUCCGUAAUGCCAUUCAGGCCUUUGGGAACGGGACAGACGUGGGAGUGUGGCAGCCUGUGUCCCCGGUCCAGACCACCACCUCCACCACCACUCACUCCCAGAAGAACCGUGAACACAACCCCAACCCUAUUGACAACCACAUCAACACGGACCCUGGGAUUUACCACUUCUGUGGCAGCCUACAGGCUCAGAAACUGAAGUCAAACUCAACUGUGGAUGGCGUCCUCUGUGUGGAUCCUCAGAUCGACGGCCCAGGUACGUCCAACGCCAUCCUGAGAAACUCGGCUGCCUCCAGACGGCCUGCGGGCCCGACCUCUCUGCUGCCCCCGCUGCUCUGGCUGUGGUACUGCAGCCUGCAGGCCCUCUCCUCCUCCUCCUCCUCUCCGGGCGACUUGUAGCCUCGACGCCUCAACGCGCUCCGACGAACUGACAAACACACAUUUGUACAAAAGAAAAAGCAAAACAAGAAGUUCUAUGCUUUCUUCUCGGUAAAACCUGUCGUACUUUUAUUUCCCUCUGGAAUCUGUCUCUACUUUGAUUCGUACACUUUUCUUUUAUGUUGAAUUUUUUUUUUGUUUCUUUGCAUUGCAGCUGUGUGCUAAAACACCGAUCUACUAUAUCUACUCGGUUUGGCUGUGUGUUCCCUUUUCGGUUCGUUUAAAAAAAAAGAAAAGGGAUUCAAAGCUUUUUUGAAUAAACAAAGUACUUGAGGAUUAACAUUCCAACAAACCACAGCUGGUGGCUUCUCGGAUCGGUUCACACACGAUGUAAAUUCACAUUGACCUUCACUGUCGUCCAAUCGGUUUCCACCCACGUCUGUUUGUGUGUUGAGGCUAUCGUUGGGAUCUUUCGCUUAAAAGUCACAGUCCGUUCAGUAUCGGCUACGUUUCGUCACGCGGGCGACUCGUUGGGUGUUCCUCUCUCUCCCCCGUGGUCCCUGUUUGUUUCGGUCAGGGCCGAGACCCGGUGUUUUCAAAUUCUUGAAACGUCGACAUCGAUAUUUUACCUGUAAUAUAAAAUGUCACUCGACAGUAUUUCCUCUUUUCCAGGGUGAACACCGACAACCUGUAACAUCGGAGAAGUCGCAACAUCCGCGUCCAAACUGUAGCUCAAGCUGAACACACGUCGCCUCUGGCAAAAGCACACAGGCGAGGACCCACGCACACACAAGUACCGCACACGUUCACACACUCAGACACACACACAGAGAAACACACACACACCUACCAGGCUUCUGCUCUUCUGUUUUUUAAACGCAUUGUUCGGCCGGCAGACGGAUUCCUCUCUGCGAUCACACGCUGCUGUGGAUGUUCGAUUCCACUCUGCUCAUUAGUGAUUGUACAUACGUGUAACUGUUAGAAGGCAAAGCCAUGUUCAGUGUUUCUAUAUGAAAAGUGACGGAGCAGCUGCUUCACCUCCACCUGUGUUUGGUUUUUAUUGAGUUUGGACGUAUCUCGCCGAGUCCUGAGGACGAUCCAAUGCUAACUGUCCUCGAGUGAAGUCAGUGGAAACAAAGCUUCUUCAUUGGGUCAUUGUUACGACUUGUCGUCUCAAUUGUGAGCGAUUGCGUUGAUUUGACCGUUUGCUAAGCCCCGCCUCCUUCAGUCACCGCCCAGACUCAGGUUUUAAAAUGUAGCCUAGCAUCAACACACUUUACUCUAAUAACUUUAUCAGAGUGACGCAUUUGAAUAGUAAAAUAAUAAGAAUUUGAUUUCAGGAGACAGAAGUUACAUUUUACAUCGUGACCAUUGAAAUUGUACAAAACUGAAAAAACAAAUGUUCUCAUGUGACUAUUCAAACUAGUCGGAGAAACAACACAAAGGUGAAAAGUGACUGUGAGACCAAGGACAGAGUUUGACUCUUAGCAAAUGGUCAAAUAUUAACUUUUCUUUUUUCUGAAGACGACUCAAACACGUGACAUGUGAUAUCGGUACCGUGAGUAAAAAAUCCUUUAUUGUACGUCUGCCCCCUGGUGACUUCUGCGAUAAAAAGACACAACAUCGGUUUCACGUUCGAUUCUCACACAGACACGUGCGUCCGUUUUCAUCAGCCCCCCCCCCCCCCCCCCAGAGGAAAUUACGUACAUCGUAUGUCGAACCUGAGCAUUAGCGACGCGCUGCUUCAGUUUACGUAGCUUCUCCGAACACGGUUAAUGUAUCGUAGAACUUCUGUGUUAUUAACUGAGCAUUAACAUGGUAUAUGCACUGUACGUACUUGGCUGAAGCUAUAAAUCGGACAAAUAGACGUCCGAUGACUUUCUGUUCCAGAGCAUCGUGAGCUAUUUUGACAUUCAGAUACUGAAUAUUGUUUUUUUUACAACUACCUAUAAUGUGUAUAUUUUCUCCCAGUAUGUACAUGAUUAUGGAAUAUUACUGCAUCUGAGAAAGAGGAUAUCAAUGUGACUCUGUAGUUCAACAUGACUGUAUUUCCUCAGCUUAUUCCUUUGUACCAUAGCCCCCCCCCCCCCGUUCACGACAUUAGCUAACUAUAGUUUUGUUUUAUGUUGUUUUUUUGGCUAAGAUUUGAACUUAUUUUUCUAUCUUUUACGAAUUUUUACUGUGGAUGAGUGUAAUCGAAGGAGACGGACCGGCCGCUUAUUGAUCCGCUCAAAUAGCUCCUCUGAUUUUUGUUUUUUACAGACUGUUCAGAGCCGAUUCAAAUAAUUACUUUGGUUUUACUGCUGAAAGAAUUACGGUUUCGAGAAGAGAGAGAGAUGAUUGUUCUUGCAUGUUGACUGUGAAGGAGAGAUAAAUAUAUUCUAUACCAUAACAUUUAAAAAGGGUUUUUUAAAGGUAUAUCUGACCAGAGGCGGGCGCCUGGGUUCAACCCCACGGACUGAAUGUGUGGAGGGAAACGUUAAAAGAGAAAUGUGACGAGGCGCUACAGGACAAACUUCUCUUCUUGUGUCUUAAAAAAGCAACUGUUGAUUUUAUAUUUGAAUCCCAGAGUCGCAUCUUCACAGGCGCUGGAAUAUAAGAGACGGUCGGAAAGUUCCUCGGGUCGAAACCGGGGCUCUUCCUCCUGAUGUUAGGAAGAUAAAGAAUAAAAAGAUGGUGGAUAUGUUCUCUCCAUCCCAUCUGUCGUUUUGAAACACCAGACAUGGCUUCUCUGGAGACUCCCUCGGCUCUCUGGCAUCAUUAACCUCUUAGCUUGUGAAAAAUGUUCAAAAAGUUAUAAUUAAAAACUGUCAAAUCACCAA